UCGUAGAACAAACUUGACAGACCCUGGUCAGAAUUCAGUCGGUAUCUAAUUUAGGACAAUACUUGCUCAAUCAUUUUACACUUGCAAAGAAAGUAAUCAAAAUGUUGGUGACAUUGAAGACACUACAACAACAAACCUUUCAAAUAGAAAUCGACCCAGAAGAAACAGUUAAAGCGCUCAAGCUUAAAAUUGAAGUUGAGAAAGGUAAAGAUUAUGUUGCUGAUCAUCAAAGACUUAUUUACGCAGGAAAAAUUUUGCUUGAUGAUGAUAAACUAAAUACCUAUAACAUAGAUGAAAAAAAAUUCAUCGUUAUCAUGGUCACGAAACCGAAAACUACUGAAGUUCCGGCGUCAACUGCUUCUGCCCCAGAAGCUGGAGAAAGUGCUUCAACGGAAAGCGGCGACGGUAAACCCAAACCCACUACUGAAGAAGCGCCUAAGCCGGUACCUGCAGCAGAACCUGAGCCGGCGGCUACAGCUAACGAACUUGAUUUUGAAGCUACAGUUCAAAGCAUUAUGGACAUGGGAUACAACAGACAACAAGUGGAGCAAGCCUUGCGAGCUUCCUUUAAUAACCGUGAAAGAGCUGUGGAAUAUUUAAUAACAGGAAUCCCAGAAGAAUUACUUCAAGAGCAGGAUGCUGAAGAAGGUUCUGAUGAAGACCCACUUGCCUUCCUACGUGAUCAGCCUCAAUUCCAACAAAUGCGUGCAGUAAUCCAACAAAACCCAAAUUUGUUGAAUGCAGUACUUCAACAGAUUGGUCAAACAAACCCAGCUUUGUUGCAGGCAAUUAGUCAACAUCAAUCAGCCUUUGUCAGAAUGCUGAAUGAACCUGUAAACCCAGCUGCUGCUGGCGCGGUAGCGGGUGAAGAGAAUGCUGUAGACAUUCCGCAAGUACAGCAGCCACAAGUCUCACCACAAGACAAAGAGGCCAUUGAAAGAUUAAAAGCAUUGGGCUUUCCUGAGCAUAUGGUGAUCCAAGCAUACUUUGCUUGUGAAAAAAAUGAGAAUCUUGCAGCUAAUUUCUUACUUUCACAGAAUUUUGAUGAUUAGAAUUUAUCAUUCAUUGAUAAUUAAAGUGGAGAGACAAAAUUAUAAAAAUAACACAGAAGUGUAUUUAAUAUGUCUACAUCAAUAGCCUAAUAAACAAUGUUUACUGCUUGUGUUUCAUGUGUAUUUUUACACUGAAUUUCAAACAUUUUGUCAUGAUUCAAUAUCUAAUAAAUUUCUUAUUGUUCAAAUAUUUA